AUGAUUAUGAAACCAUUGCAGUCAUGUGAUGUCUUCUCUCAUCAUCAUCAUGACAAGUUGGAAGUCUGACCUUCCGCCAGCACACACAGUUUGCCAUGCAGGGAUUGAAGAUUGCUCCACAGCAGCAGUGCACUUGAGGCUACACUAGGGGCGGAGUUUGACCUCUCAAGUCUCAAAACAUCACUAAUCCGCGUCGGACAUUCUGGCACAGGCCAUCACUGGCCCCGAUCGUGAGGAAAAGGGGGCGAAUUUUCACCGAAAUAUCACUGUCCCGACCGGCUCUGAGUGGCAACAAACACGGGCUGCGUGCAGCCGCCUGUGCGCGCGUCGGAAGGAUCGGGACCGCUGCACUAUUAUGGCAGAUAGUGCGUUACAUGCGUCUGGAUAUAACUGCAGUCAUUUCUAGCCUGUGUUAAUUUUCUGGAUACGGGGGAGAAGCGUUUGGGAUUUUUGCGUGGUUGACAGCUGUGCCGCCCUGCGCCUGCUGCAUUGGAGGCGAGCGACCAAGUAGCCGCUUCCCUUCCCUGUUGAGGUGAGUCGGCAGAGCACUUGUUUUCUUCAUGUCUCAGUGCAAGUUGCGGCAUAUUUCUGCUGCUGCUGCUGUGGCUGACCGGGCGCUGUUCCCGAGCACAGUUCACCGUGAGGCUGCAGCAUGGACUUAUAUGAGGGGGGAGCGUUCAUCGAAGCAUAUAAAAGGGGGGUUCAACGCAGAAAAAAAGCACUAGAUGAUCAUGACAUCCAAAUUCAGCAAAUGUAUGUCCUUUUUAUGAACCUGCUGCAAAGAUGGGCGCUUCUACUUGACCGUAUCAGGCCUAUAGAGGCAUCACAUGCUGUUCAAGAGGUUGGUGCAGAAACACAUGUGAGCACUGACGCCAAAUAUACUGUUUUUAAUGUGGAUGUACAUGAUGAAAACACUGAAAUAGUCAAGCGCUACAUCUUUAAUACGGCGUUUUUUAAUAAUUCAGUUGUUGUUGAUGUAUUUGCUCCAACAAUGAACAUAUAUCAAAUGUAAACAAACGCAGCGAGCAGCAUCAGAUGAUGAGGAAAAAAGCUGCUCAUGUCAGUCUGUUUAACUUGAACAGGCUUUCUUUUCUUCCUUGUGUUUUCUCCUGUGUGACGUUAGGCCCUUUAAUACAUUUGUGUUUUAAUGUUUAAUGUUGUGUUUCAGUUGCUGGUCAUGUUGAAUACCCUGGUGCAGAUUUUGAGAAACUAGUGAACAUAUGACAAAUGUAAACAAACGGGACAAGUAUCAGUAAAAAUGCAAAAAAAGAGUUUUCUCUGUGUUUCAUGGUAACACAAGAGCUCAGCUUUGGGUGAUAGUUUGGAGUUAAAGCAUUAAAAAAUAAAUGAAACAGAUCAAAAAUAAGCCAUGCACACUUCUAGGGCUGAUCGAUAUAGGAAAAAGUUUAUCAUGAUUUUCACAUCAGUCAAUAUCGAUAUAUAUAUAUAAAAAAUGACAUUUAACAGUGCUUAUUAGUAUCAUGUCUUUUGCAAUACAAUAAGCUACUCCAUCUGUGAGGUCUUUGUGUCUCUAAGACGUUUUGUCGUAAGGUGUUGUGCUAGAGAAAGCGGACUGAUUGGUCGGCUGUUUUGUCUGCACAGGCGUUAUGGGCUCCUUUCUCCUCUCGAGGUUUGUAACCUUUUGCAUCGUGCGUGCUCUGCUGCGUGGCACUGCUUCAGGUGGUGAAAAAGAUUAGAGGUAUUCCCAGACUUUACGAGAGCAUGUAUUCAACAUAAUUUGUGGUGAACAUUACUCUGCUUCAUGUCCGAUCUUAAAUAACAGCACAUGAUUGGUUCAGCACGAAGCGGACCCAGAGCAACUCCCCUUUUCAUUGGCUACUGGUGUAGUCUACCAAAACAUGGCAGAAUGGCGACUAUUGAAACGGAUAUUGACCAUGUUUCAUAUUGAUAUGUAGGGAAAUUAAUUUUCGAUAUUUAUCGUUACUGUUUUAUCGCCCAGCCUUACACGCUGCAAAUGUAAAUGUGGGCAAUACAGGAUCUUGUUAGGUUAAGGAGCCAUGAAAGUAUGAAAAAUUCAUUCAUAAAAUUAAAUGUAUGUCUAUUAUACUUUUGAAACUAUAUCAAUUUUGGUCCUUGUAUAAGUCUGGAUCAAAGCAGAUGUAUCUGAACGUCCAUGAGUAAUGCAUUUUUUCGUCAGUGUUUUGCUUUCAGGCAAAAGUUAUGUGAUUGUCUUGUCUGUAAAAGCCAUGGUAUAGUUGAUAUAAUAUAUUUUUGAAAAAUAAUACGUUGUCAUAUUCUUGCAUCAGGAUGUCUGCUGGUAAAAAGCACAGCAUCAGAUGUAGAGACACACAACCGAAUUUUUCAUAUGAAAAUGAGCUCUUAAACGAAAACAGGGUUUAUCUGCCUUAUGCAGCCUGUCUUCUCACAAGUGGUUUGUAAAAUGAGUUGAAUGAAUUUUUAUCAAAUGCUGGGAUGUAAGAUGUUUACUUCAGUUCUUUUUUAAGCAUUAAAUGGCUGUGCUUUUGAGCUUUGACAGCCACAUUGUUGACUUAGCAAUAAUUGGUCAAAAAUGUACCUCUUCUUGACUCUCUGUCCACAGAUUUUGUCCAGUUGCCAUUCAAUGUCCAGUAGCACACUGCUGAAGCUGCCCUGUGGCUGAUCCUGACCAUGCUUUCCACCAACUGCUCCGGCGGAGCGUGGGGAUGAAAUGGAUGGAUCCCAUGGCCAGACCAACACACCAUCUCCCGCCACCCAGCAUGUCCGGCCGAAGCAAGUCUCCCCCCAACUCUGGAGAAGGUAAAAAACAUGAUUCAGCAUCCAAACAAAACACUUAUUCAUCAGAGAUGUAAUGAACGCUGCACAAGAUAAGCUGAAGUUAUAUGCAGGCUUGUUUAUAAUGUCUCAGAGCCAUUCAGCAGUUAUCACAUGAUCAAAUUAUUGAACUUCAAAUGAAAACGUUUACUCCUAUCUCAGUAUGUGUGGAUUUAAACUGGAAAAUAGAGCUUGGCUUUAGAGAGAUAACUGACUACAUUAGUUGUGUUGAAAAUUUAAAAUGUAAUUAAGCACAUUUACACAUCCUUGUUCUGUGAUGACCAAAUUGAGUUUUUUCUUUUUGUUUGUUUUUUUGGUUAUAAAUUUCUUACUAUGCAAUGAAACUCCAGGCAAAAUAAUAAAAUAAUAGUAACAAAUAAAGUAAAAUGAAAUAAUUCAUAUAAAUAAAUACAUAACCAAAGUAAAAAAAAUCAAUAAUAAAAAAAUGAAUAAAUAUUUAAUAAAUAAAUAACUAAAGUAAUUAUUAAUAUAGAAAAUAAAAGGAGGUACUUCUGUCUUGUUUAGCAAAUUCUCUGGUCGUCAAGUAAGAAACAUAUUUUAAUUUUCGGAUUAUAUGCCAUGACGAUUUUUUUUGCACUUACUAAUUUAAAUUAUGAAUCUUCUAAAGUAGUCAUGAAAUUAUUAUCAAAUGAUGAACAUGCAGACAGAAAGACUUGCAUUACAAGUUUUUGAAAUUCCUGGUUACAGAGUGUGUAAGAAACACAGGCGAGCAUCUUCUUUGUAAACCACCACACAAAAGACAUGCCUCAAAUUUAGAUUGAUCUUCUGUCAUCAGUUGCAGGCUCUAACUCCAUGGCAUGGGUGAAGAUGUUCAAAAAACCUGGAGGAGGCCUGAAAAAAUCCUACCAGCCUGGGAGUAUGUUGUCUCUCGCGCUCACCAAAGGCCUGCUGAAUGAGCCCGGCCAAAAUAGCUGCUUCUUGAACAGCGCUGUUCAGGUGAGAACUGUUUUCUUUCAGCUAUAACAACAAAUGAAAACUUCACCCUGUUGAACUGAAAGACGCUCAGACAAACAACAAAUCUUUCGUUUCCAUGCACCUCUCUAAAACAAAAAUGUUUGUUUGAGAGAAAGUGAACAUCCAGGUACAAACUCGCUGCAUGGGUUUAAAGCGUUUUGCCACCAAUGAAAUGUUAAAGUAAACAAUAUCCUCUCAUAAAUGGUUAGAAGAAGCAGCGAUUUGGUAGAAUUUUUAAAUCUUUUUGGCCAUGUGCUAAAAAGUCCUGAAUGUUACAUCAGUUUUUCUCAUGUUAGUCCUUUUGGACAUUGUCUCAGAUAAUUGGAGCUUCAGAAAUUAUCAGAAGAAAGACACUGCUUUAACUCUGUAUCCAUCAUAUGAUGUGUGGUGUUGUUGUUGAACCCUCACAGGUGCUUUGGCAGCUGGACAUUUUCCGGAGGAGUUUGAGGCAGCUCUCAGGUCACUUCUGUCUUGGUGACGCCUGCAUUUUCUGUGCUUUAAAGGUUUGCAUUGUUCUACACUUUGAGCUAAACUUGGCAAUAGCAGUGUUAUAGUAAAUUUUACUUUGAUCUACUUGUGUAUAUUUGAUAGAUUUGAAAAUGCUGGUUGCUUUCUGGGUCUAAACCAAUAAUUUCACUAUCUUCCCCAGAGUAUCUUCAGCCAGUUUCAGCAGAGUAGAGAGCGAGUUCUUCCGUCUGACAGCCUGCGAAACGCUUUAGCUGAAACAUUCAAAGAUGAACAACGCUUCCAGCUCGGCCUGAUGGAUGAUGCUGCUGAAUGCUUUGUAUGUUGAUACACUACUUUUGGCUUUUAAUCACAGUGACAUAUUUUUAGGACCUUUAUCAGAGUAUACUAGAUAAUGUUAGAGUGUUUUCUUUUCGGUGAUUUGAAGGUUAAAAAGUGGGGCCUACUGACAAAUGACUUGGCUUUAUUUUAGAUUUUAAUUCUGAAUUUAAGUUAUACAGGCCCACCGGUUUGUUGCUUUUCUAACUCUAAGGAUGCAUAUAAAAUAUGAUUGAUCAUUUCUGUCUUUUGGAUGAGCUUUGUUUGCCUUAUCUUUGUGUUGUGCAGAGAUCAUCUUAUAUUCCUAUAUAAUGGUUAACAUUUUACAUAUUAAAUGAUAUUUUCAAAAGUUUAAAGCAUUACUUUGAAGGCAUUGACAGACUGAAUCCCCACAUUAUUGUGUAGCUAAGUGUGUAAUAGUACUAUGUGGCAUAUGUGUGUUAGCUUGUAUUUGUUAUUGGCACUGAUUCUGCUCUUAUUUAUGGUUUACAUCAGGAGAACAUCCUGGAGCGAAUUCAUUUACACAUCGUUUCAGACGCUUCAACAGACGCUUGCUCAUCCAAAUCCUGCAUCACCCAUCAGAAGUUUGCAAUGAUGCUUUAUGAGCAGGUAAUAAGGUUUUUUAAACACAAUUGAAAGGAUGGGUUUUCUUAUAGAGAGAACUUUUGGUAGAGUGACAAUAAACAGCUGCUGUCACUAAAUUCUUCAUUAGCCGUUUACCAAAAUGAAAACAAAACUUGUACUAUCUCUGAUGAAAUGUCCUUUUUGCAGUUUGUAUGUCGCUGCUGUGGUGCAUCCUCAGACCCGCAUCCAUUCACAGAACUGGUACAUUAUGUCUCAACCACUGCUUUAUGGUAAGUCUGUGAUUUGCUGCUACGGCUUAAAAAUUUGGGAAACAAAAAUGAGGCCAGAGUGCUAAUCCUGAUUUAAAUGUCAAAGCAUUAACUAAGGUUGCUAGAUAACUAUUUGGUUGCAAUUUUAAGCAUCCUAGAUCAAUUUCAGAAGCCAUGGGAGCUUGGGUUUCAACAGAUUUAGGUGACUGUUGCUGUUACUGAUGAGAACCAAAUACUCAUUACAUUUGUAACUGUGCGUCAUUCAUGAAGUCCUCCAAAGAAGCUCAAAUAACUGUUCAGCUUUCUCUAGAGUUUAAAACAAGUGCUCCAUGUAUGCUCAGCUCACCAGCUGUCUGGUUGUUUCCCUUUGUCAUGGCAAAAUAACUGGAUAACAUGUCUUUGUGUAGUGGUGUCAAAGCUGAAGUGUAAACAUGAACUCCACUUUUAAUUUAGUAACCAAUUCUAUAUUUAAUCUGCAGCUGCUACAAACAAAUUAUAUGUACUGUGAGUUCUCGAUUGGCUGUGGCUUUUGAAUGCAAACAAGUCUACCAGAAAGUUGAUUGACUUCUUCUUUAUAGCUAUUUUUAUCUGAUUGUCUGUUGAGACAAUAGACUCACAUUUCCAGUUUAUAGAGAGGUUCACUUUUACUAUGAAAAUCGAGGAGGAUGAGAUUUUAGAAAAUACAAAAUACUGCAAAGGAUAGGAGGAGCGAAAAGAUAAGCAGGGCUUGACAGCGCGACCAUUUCACUCGCAUUUGCGACUAAAAAUCGAUGUGUGCGAAUUGUAAAAUGUAUUUAGGGGCACAUGUGCGCAUAAAAAAAUUAACCAAGGCAACAAAUGUUUUUUCAUGUAAAUACAGCAGUGAAGUUAGUUUUAGGUUGGAUAUUCACAGUCUUUUCACUCUCCAUAACCGGAGAUAGCAACAGCAGCGCGGUUAAAUCUACCCGACAUCCUCGCUGUCAACGUCGGGUGUUGAAUAAGGGACCAUCAAUAAAUUACCGGUUGAUGUUGACCUAAAUUUGAUUUCAAAUAAUAAUACUAAGGUCAGACAAUAAGACAAACAUUAUUUGAUCAAUUUUCAUUGUGCCCUAAAGUUCUUUGUGGGCUCCUUACUUUUUCAACUUAAAAGCACAUGUACUUCUUGUGAAAAAAAGUUAGUGUCAAGCCCUGAUAAGUACUGCUUUUUCCACUUGAAGCACUAAAAAGAAUCACAAAAUUACAGUUCCUCACAGUUUCCGUAGAUAGAUAAUUUAAUAGCUGUUGUGAAACAACUUUUUCAGAUCUAUUUUGUGAAUUGUUACAAACUGAUACAAGUAAAAAUAAACGGCCCUGAAGCCGUGUUGAUAACAAAAUUUUUAAAAUGUUAAAAAUCACCAAAAAAGAAAAUCAAAUGAAUGCUGAGUGAAAAGAUAUUACCCUGUCUGUUAUCCACACAGUGGGUGUUAUAUGGUGCUUAUCGUCUUUUCAUGGGUGAGGGUUUAUGCUGAUAGCUGACUUGCAGGAGCAUGCUGUCAAUUGUCGAUUGAUUGGCAUUCAUCAAAAUAAACAUGUGCCUGCACUCUAAUCUGAAUUUCGCUGUUUUCAAACUUUUUUUUUCAAAUCUACUCAAACAUUUCAUGACUGAGACCCUGUCUCUGUUUUGUUUCUGCACAGCCAACAGGUUGAUCGAAUGAUGGGGAAGAGCGAGCGGCUCAGGUCAGACAUGUUUGGAGAAUUGCUGCAGGCAGCAAACAACACAGGUGACCUCCGCAGCUGCCCGGUAUGUGAUUUAUUUUCUUGUUGUUUUUAAUGUGACCUAAAUCAAACACAUUUAAAAAUUAGUGCCUUGGUACCUUUCCCCAGAUGAGCUUUUGUUGACAAAACGUCCAUCCAGUUUCUAGCAAAUGUUGAUUGGUUUAAGUUCGAUAGAAAAACUUAAGCUAAAUAGUCCAAAUGCUUCUGAAAAUCGGACUCAAAAUGCUCCAAACAGCCAUGAAGAGUACACUCUGUACUUGAGCUGUGACACUGCACUUGAAGCAGCCAGCAGGAGACAGUGCCAGACUACUGUUAGGAUUGAAAUAGCAGUAAAGCCAAAUCACUGAUUUUCUCUCAUCUGUGUUUUCUAAUGUUAUCUUUCUCUUAAGUGUGCUGCAGUUCUGUUAAGCUCCCCUUAACCCAUUAUUCACCCUCAAGCUGUGAGCUGGAGAACAGACUUAAUGAUAGUGACGUGCCUGUAAUGACUCCUUUGAGCUUGUUCUUGUUACAGCAUAUUACACAUGCUGCGUCUUAUGAAUUUUAAUUGACUUUUAAAUAAUUUACACAAGAUUGAAGGGAUAAAACCACAACCUAUCACUCAGACGUUUGGGGACAUUUUGUCAAAUAUUUGUGAAGGAUACAGUGGCAUUGAAGAUCUGUACACUGUGUAAAGUCAAUAAAGAUCUCAGUGUGUUCAGUUUUGAGGACAGUCCAGUGCCCACAUUAUCUUAAUAUUUAUAGGAAACAUCAUGUGAUCAAGGAAAGAUGUGAAAAGUGGGCCAUAAGAACUUCAAAAAAGAAAGCCCCAGUGUUCGCUCAAUCCAGCACUUACUCAAUGUUUUGUUACACUAAGUUGUAUUGUAGAUGAAACUGGAAGUCUGAAAUCUGAGUCAGACUGUUUACCCUUGUUUUUGGUCUCAAUACUAAGCUUAAGUUUGGCGAGGUUUAGUUGUUUCUUCUGUUCGAAAACAUGAAGAUAUGACACUGAAGUCGUCAGUAUCUCCUUUAAAAACACAACUUCAUCUCCCACCACUAGAAGGGUUGUUUGUUUUUAACACGUUGGUUUUUUUAUCGACCUUCAUCAAUUUUUGGUCAUACUUUACAGAGCAACUGUGGUCAGAGUAUCAAGAUCCGCCGUGUGCUCAUGAACUGUCCAGAGAUCGUCACUAUUGGAUUUGUAUGGGACGCUGAGCAGUCUGAUCUUACGGAUGACGUCAUCCGGUCGCUCGGUCCACGUUUGAACCUGUGCGGGGUAAGAGCGAAGACUAAGGAUGAAAAUCUUUAAAUAGUGAAAGAUUUUUCAGAAUCAGAAUUCUUUUAUUGUCAUUGUACCAAAGGGCGCAACGAUGACAAUAAAAGAAUUCUGAUUCUGAAAAAAAUAUUUGAGUUAAUGCGGAUAAGCCUUCAGCUUUAAUCACCAAAAUCAAAAUGCGGAUGGACAAUUCUCUCUGUAUUUUUUUUUUCUUUUUAACUUUCUACCCCUGCCUCGGAAGCAACAAGGUUUCAAAGCAGCAUUGUUUAUUAACAGUGGCCCUUGAGGAUUAUUUUGAAGACAUAAUGGUCUUUCUUGGGGUAAAGGUGACAAAAAAAAACAAAAAAACAUGAAACUUCAUCAAAAAGAGUUUUUGAAUAUUUUGCAGCCUAUGACCUGAAGCCUUGAAGUACUUUUACAAUGACUAUGUUGGCAUGCUAAAUGAAAUUUUGGGCUCUCGUUCCAAAAACUGAAAAUCUUCCUUUCAAGCUGUUCAUUAGAUUAAUGAAAAUUAUUAUGCAAUGUAUGAUCCAGAGAGCAUGCAGCCAUUUUAACCAGAUUAACCCCAGUGAGCCAGUGGUUUUCUCUCUUUUUCUGCUGCAAACAGACAAGAGGCUGUGUGUCUCAAACUUCAAUGAAUGUGUUGUGUGCAUCAUGUACCAAAAUUACCACUAAAUAAAGAAUAUUACAGACAUAUCAAACAAAUCUUUGUAGGGGGCUGCUAUUCUGUACAAGCUCUGCCUAAAGGCAUCCACACAGAAUAUGCUGAUAUGCUCUGUGCUAUUGCUGCCCAUGUCUGCGAUGUGCUAACUGUAAAUGACAUCUUUUACAUUGAGUUUGGUGUUUAAAAAAGUUAUCGUCAUUGCGGAGAUUAACUUCUUUAACAAGCCUUGGUUUAGGCUAUUUCUGGCAAAAGUAAUUUUGAUAUGCACCAUCCAUGAUGAACUUGAUGACAAUAACAUAGCAGGUUUUUUGUCAUAUUUAAAGUAUUAGUAAAAUAAUUUAUUUUUAUGGACUUAAAAUAUUAAUGGAAAAUUGAAGAGUAACUCAGUGCAUUCAAUGGCAUUAACAGGUCUUGAGGAAAUGAAUCGAAAAUUGAGUCACAUUGACUUAAUUCAAAUUAGAGAUUACCAAUCAUGUCCAAAUACUCGGCUAAGGAGAGGAUUUCCAAUUGGGUUGCCCAACAGUUGGUCUGAAAAUAACCUGAGUCUUUAAAUGAUUUCUGUGACACAUCACAUUGUGUACCUUAUGGAGACAACAAACCUGUCUCAAUUUGCCUUUUUUCCAGCUCUUUAACCGUGUCACCGAUGAUAACGCCAAACGCAGUGAGCUACAUCUGGUGGGGAUGAUCUGUUUUUCCAGUAAACAUUACUCAGCCUUUGCCUAUCACACCAAAUCUUCAAAAUGGAUGUUUUUCGAUGACGCUACAGUCAAAGAGGUCAGGAACUCAAGCUAUCAGACUGCUUUAUCACAGUUCAAAUGUCUAUUUCCUGAUACUGUGCAAUAUCUAUUCCUAUAUGAUGUUCUCUUUCUGAUCAGAUUGGAUCCAAAUGGAAAGAUGUCGCAUCUAAAUGUAUCAGGGGACAUUUCCAGCCCCUUCUUUUGUUUUACACCAAUCCUGAAGGUUCUCCAGUUUCAAAUGAAGAUGCGCCGAGACAAACCUCGAUGUGUCCUCGGUACAAAGCUCAAGUCAAUGGUGACACGACAGGUAAGACAAUGCUUCAGCUUAUUUCUGACAGACAUGCAAGGUGUGUGAAGUCAGGCAUCUUUGCAACCCCAGUAUAUACUUUAUUUUAUUAAGAUACCAAGGUUUUAUAAAACUUUUACUUGUGUGUUUAACCAUAUGGUGGACUAAUACAGCUCCAUGACUGAUGAUAAACGUUUAAUAAACUUUUAUUUAAUGUUUUCAUUUACAGUUCAUUAUUACAGCGUACUAAACAUGUAGAGUUUGGGAUAAAUAAAGUGUCAGUGAUAUGUAAUAUGCCUGAAUUUUUUCCUAUCCAACAGUUAUGUCAGUUUUACAUGGUUUCAAAAGUUCAGGCUAAGGUUAGUCUGAUACUAGAGGCAAGAAGCUGCAAAACAACAUUAAACAUACUGAGAGAAUCUGCUGUAAUGGCAGAGGUAGCUUGCAGUGAAAUGAAACUGCAAAGUGAAGUGUUUAAUAUUAAUGAAUAUUACGGUCUUAAUAAGGAUCAGAAUAUUAAUUUCAUCAACUUUUGUUUUCAUGAAUACAAAUCUGUUUUUGCUCUUGGGCAUUUUUCAUUUGAUUAUAACCAGCAUCAUAAAACCCCAUCAGCACCUAUAACAACAAACAAAUUCGCUCUGCAAAUUACAGUUUUGGUCUGAAUUGGGAUUUAGAGAGUGCUGUUAAACCGUAAGCAGAAAGAUUGUCCCGGCCUGUGUGCUGGCUUGAACUUGACAUGAGGAUGAUGCCUCUGUUGCACGCAGAUUACCACCCACGCCUCCCUCCCUAAUCCCUACUCCUGUGGCCAAGCGCACUCAUGCUCCUGCUCCACAGUCCUCACUCCUCCCCUAGACGUUUGCAAUGUAAGAGUCCAUUAAUUUAUCUGCUUGGUGUUUUGGCAAUGGUGCUGGUGCCUGUUUAGAUGGACUGUUUUCCUUUAGUGCUUCACCCAGGCUCUUUCACUGGCAUGGGACUGGAUUCUUGUUCAUAUCAAAAUAUGUGUAAGUAAUUGUUUGUUUGUGAGUGUGUUUACGAUGAGUAAGACAGGGCCAAGACUUUAAAUUAUGAUAUUUGUUGUAUGUUUUCUGUCUUGUUACUCUGUUUGUUAAAUAUGAAGCUUUGUAGGUUAAGUUUUGUAUUGGAACAUGCUCUGCUAUACUUAGUGAAAGGACUUCUAUCUUUGUUUAUCCACUCUUACAACUACAACCAAUGACAGUAACUGGCCCACACUGUUGCACUCGAACAAAGGACUCGAGCGUCAAAGCAUCACUUACGCUAACAUGACAAAGUGUGUAUUUGUUUUUCCUGACGCUUGUGGAAAACAUGAGACGGAAAGCAUGAAGUUAUUGACGUGUCGGUACAGUGGUUAUUUAGUAAAAUGGUACUUCAUGAGUAAUUGUUGGUCUUCUUUAAGUACACUCUCUUUGUGAUGAAAGGGCUCAUUUUUAAUUGAAGUUUGACAUGAGGACUGGAGGACUUGAGGAAUUGUUUAAGAUAGUGAGACUUGAUGGUGAACGUGUUGAUCUUGGUGGCAGAUCUUUACGGCCUUGUUUGACAGAGUGACCUUGCUGCAGGAUGAAGAACUACACAGCAGGGUUGAGUGGAGAAGCAGCAGUGGUGUAUUUAAAGCCAAUGAUCUAAUGAGCCUGACUUAAAUUAAGUGUUUUUUCCUUUCCCUGUUUGCAGCUUAGAUGCAAACAGAGUCCAAGAUUUAGCAGCUUUUCAAGUGGACUGUGAUUUACGAUAAAUAACAAAGGAGGAAUCUGGCAUACCUGGCAGAUUGGUCUUUAUUGGGCUAGGGGAUCUCCUCAGAGAGUAUGGACUUUUGGAUACGUCAAGUCCACUGCAAAGACAAGGGUCUAAAUAAAGUUCUGGGUACAACUAGUAACAAAAGGUAAAAGGUGAAGUCAGUGUUUGUUUUUUUACAUCAGCUGGCUAAUUUGGGAGCGAGCACAGCCAAGGUUGGAGAGCUGACCCUGUCACUUCAAGCUAAAUAGAGUGACAUUUACACCGAAUGUAUUUCUGUCGUAUUGGUUCACACAGAUGAGAUACACUUGAUGUGUUGAAAAUUGUUUAACUGGUGUUAAAACUUCUUGAUGGUAGCAGUCCCGCAAAACUGUAAUAUCUUAAAGAGAAGAGAAAAGGAGAACGUUUACUCAUCCCUGAGGGGAAAUUCAAUUAUUCACUCUUGCUACUGAAUAGCUACACACAAAUUACACAUGCACCAAUGGAGAGAGUGCCACCACACAGUUGGGGGCUAAGUGCAUUGUUCAAGGGAACCUCAGCAGUAUUAAGGAAGUAAAAUAGCACCCAUCAUGCAACCAGUCCCAACUUUCAUACUUUGGUCUGCCCUAGGAAUUGGUCUAGCAACCCUUCAGUUUCCAAGCUUCAGACUGAUCUACUCCUGCUUCCAUGCUCCAUGAUGAUUUAUGAACUAAAAGGAGCUUAGCGCUUAGUGCCUUUAAUUUACUGUUUAAUUCACUGAUGAAUUGAGAUAAAUUAUUUAAAAGCCUCUAAGAUCUUAACAUUUAAGUGUAAAUGACAAAAUUAUUCAGCAACUUCAAAUAUGCUAUUUUUUUUUUUUAUUCUGUCUCAGUGAAACAUCCCCAUAGCAGUCCUAAAAAGUUCCAGGAGCCUUCAACAGAAAAUUUAAAAAGACCAUGUGAAACCUCAAAAAAGGAUAGACAUCGAAGGAUGGAUUCUUCACAACACAAAGGUAAAGAGUUGCUUCUCCAUCUUGUGUUACAGAGAAACUCUGAUAAUAACGUAGAAAAACAAUGAAAACAGGUUCAAAUCAGUUGUGAAAACUUUCCUAGGUCAGAGCAUGUUUGAAAUAAUCCCUCACUCUCUCUCUCUUUAGAGAUGGCACACGCAAGAUCAUCAUCUCCUCCAGAAAAUGGACCAAGACCACCAUUGGACCAAAAAUCCAAAACUCAUCCACGCAUUGAGAAGUCAUCAAACCACUCAAGCAAAGGAUCUCAGGAGCCACGUGGCAACUCCAUAGGUACACAAAGCCGGAAGAACAACACAUCCCCGAGUCGCUAUGAUCAGGACAGCUGUCAGGAACAUUGGGAAAAAGGAGGAAGUGAAGGAAAUCUCAAUAAAUCUAAGUCCACUUGGAGACCCAUUCGGGAGGUGUUGAAUGUAGACACUGUAUUGAAUGAACUAGAGCAGCGCCGACAACAACAACAUGACAGUCCACGGCACAGUAAACCAUCGUCCCAGGAAAGAGUGCACAGUGAACAGAGUCGAGACCGUGAGCGGGAAUUUGUAAGAACCAGAGACGAUCGGAAGCAGAAGUGUUUGAUGACAAUUUAUGAGGAUGAGCAGCGGCAUGAAACCGAGAGCCACAGCUCGGUAGAGUCAGAGAGUAGGGCCAACCAACAAAGGAGUAGUAGACUUAAGGGUGGGCCGAAGACCUUACUGCGUAGUGAUACUUGGACCAUCCAAAGGACAGAGUCUGGCUAUGAGAGUAGCGACAGACUCAGCAGUGGCUCCACCAACCCAGACUCACCUGGCGUUGAUUGCUUUGUUGUAAAAGACCAGAGAGCAACUCCAGAGGCACAUUUGCAGGGGUAAGAAACAAUGGAUUUGUGUUUAAUUGACAUUAUCAGAAAUUUUUUUCAUGUACCUUUUCUGUCCAAAAAGUAGGUGUGUUAAAAAUAAAAGACUCAAGACACGUCUUUAGUGGCUAAAGUCAACAUUUCACAGCAGGACCUGCGGUUUUAGUUUUUACUAUUAUUAACAUCGGAGGGAAGCUCAUAUACAUGGUCACAUAACUGUUUACUUAUAUUAAUAUUCAACUUAAACGUUUAGAUAACCAUAUUGCAAAAUCCUAUUACAAUUGUGUACCUAAAAAGUACUGACCACUAUAUAUCAGUUUUCUUUUUUACUUGAAAACCUCUGGAAACCCAUAACCAUUGCCAUUAUUCUGACUAGAUAAAGCUGUUUUUUUGGACAGAAUACUGUAUCUUUCUAACAAACUUAAUUCCAUCCCAAUGGAAAUUUGUUAUUAAUUAUGUUCCUGCAAACUCCGCUGAUAUUAGGCUUGGAUUUUGUGUAAUUUAACAAGACACAAGUGGUCUUUUAAAGAAAUGAAGUUAUUUGCCUGUUUAUACCAAGUUUGUUUCGGGUGGUUAUUGACCAAAGUGAGUUGCGUGUGAACUGCAGUUUUUCUAUUUUCAGCUCCAGAGCUUUAGUGCAGACUGCUAUUAAUCUAUUUUUGUUGAGGGUUUUCAAACACUGGCAAAGGGAGUUAAGUUCCAUAAAAAAUAUGGCACUAGCUUGGGUUACUAAGUUGAGCUAUGAUUUGGCAUUACAUCCUUCUCAGUUAAUACGGCCGGUGUUUGCAAUCUACUGAACUCAAAGUUAACAAGGGUAAAGUACACGUGAACUCGCCAUCCAGUGACCAGUUAGAAUGAAAAACUUUAAAAUUCAGCACUUUUGCCUCUAUUAUGAUUCUUUUUUAGAGUGCUAGAAAACACCCCACCAAAUUAUUAUUACAUCACUCAUACAGUAUGUACCCUCACUCCAAAGUAUUUCCUUUUGAAUUUCUCGACAAAUAUACUUGAGGUGGCUAAAAGUACAUUGUAUUUUACAUUCUUGCUGAAUUUAACCAUUUAAAAGUGAAAUUUGACUACAAACUUUAGUGAAAGUCCUAAAAACGGAUCAAAACUCAUAAGUCUUAGUAUCGCCAAAUAAAUAAAAAAUGCUCAAAACUACAUGGGUCAUUACACUUUUAGGAUCAUCAUGAUUAUUCUAUAAAUGAAAAGAAAUCAAUAUCUGAAUCCUGUUGGUCCAAAUAAAAGCAUGAAUGUGAGAUUUCCUUGUUUCUCAGAUUGUUAAGUGAGCGCUCUGAAUCUUUUAUGUGACUAUUGCAUCACAAGACUAUUCAAGUUUGUGUAAAACUUGACUUCCCAAAAACAUAACUGAUUGAAAACAUACACUUUAAUCUCAAUGUUUUAUUUCUUAGUCAGCUGCAACAAAAAGGAGGCGAUGCCAAAUCAAGUGCAAUGUCCUCACCGUCACACAAUGGUAAGUUCCUAAGUUUAAAAACCUCUUUCACGCUUCUAAAACAAUAAUAAGUUUGCUUGUGAUAAGUGAAGUUUAUGUAAGACAUCUUUUACCUAUUUGCUGAUAUUACUGUCACCAGUGUGUUACUUUUGAGUAGUUUUACUGUAAUAGGCUCGGUAAAUGUACAGUCUGGCUUACGUAAUAGUCUGACGCUAAUGACGCAGUUUUGCAUCCACUUCACACAACAUAAAGCCAAGGUUUAAAAAAAGAUAAGAAAAAGAAAGAAUGAGUCAACCAACCAAAAAUAGCAGGACAUCAAAGUGACAACUUGAUGAAGAGCAUCAAAGAACAUGUCUUUACCCAGGGUCGGUUACAACUCUUAUUUAAUCUGCAAAUACUUCCAGGAAUAGAUUUGCACGGAAAUGUAAGAAUUAAGUCUCGCAGUCCAAAGGAUUUGUAACCACAACAUAUACCGUACACACUGGGGUCUUUGACCAUUUUCAGUGAGUUAUGCAAACAUAACACAACAUGAUCUUAGAACGAGAAAGAUCACUUUUACUUUAGGAUUUAAGCCACAUGCGACUUUGCAAGGAACUUUUUUUUAAUCUUUCUCUUUUUUUUUAAGUAUUACAGAUGAAUUAAUAGCCUUGUAUUCUCGCAAAAUGAGAAUAAUUGACCGCUGAUUUGUGCCUGAGUUUGUAUAUAAGCUUAGAUUGGUUUCUUUAACCUCUUCACCCAGUCAGCCAAGCCCAGGCAUUAAUCUGAUGAUAAUCCCACAAAGCUCAUUCAGACAGCACAGCUGGACACUGCCGCUGGCAUUGUCAUAAAUAUCUUCCCUUUUCAUGCAGUACUUUGAGUGCGCAGAAUUUGACUCUUGUGUGCAUCUUGAGACACCGUUUCCAACCAGCGGCUACAGCUUUUAUCCUUGCAUGGACCUCUCCAGGGCAACAGCAGGGGAAAAAAAAUAGUGACAUCUAUUUUUAAAGUGAAGGAAUUCAAGCACCAUGCUGCAUUGGUGCUGACUAGUUUAUCCAGCUGUGUGAGGGUCCUGUGGGAUUUAAUGAUCUACUACUGCCACCUUGUGUCCUGAUGAGACAGCAGUUUCACAGUCAGAUCUGUAGAUGACCUUGUCUGUUUGGUCUGUACUGUUGUCCAGUUUUGCUGUGCAGUACAUUUGAGAAAUUCCUGAUUCAUGAAAAAGGAGACGAUUAGGGGAAGUAGAGAAAGAGACAGAAACUCUACAUCGAGAAUUUAGUCUAAAAUCUGCAAACUAUCUAUCUGUCUUUCCUAUGCACUUUCAGAAGUCCUGUUUCUGUUGACUUAUUUUGUCCUUGAAUUUAUUUAUUAUUAUUAUUGUUAUUAUUAUUAAUAUUAUUAUUGUGACGUGUGCUGCUGACUUCUUGGCCAGGUCACCCUUGUAAAAGAGAUUUCGAUCUCAAUGGGUUUUCUUACCCGGUCAAAUAAAGGUUAAAACUUUCCAUUAUCCUCAGGAUUCUGAUAUACUUAAGACUCUGAGGAAAAAAUCCUACUUUUUUUUUAUUUCCUCACAUCCACUUUUACAAUAAUAAUUCAACAGCCAUUAGAAAAAUUCAUUUUAGAAGUGGUCUUAGUAAACAAUCACUUUUUUUUUUGUUUGUUUUUUGAUACAUAUGUACACAUGUAAAUGAAUAAAUCAGUAAAACAAAAUUUUAGAAAAUUAAAGAGAGAGGGGGGAAAAAAGUAAUAAAAUUUUAAAAAAAUAAAAGGCAAAAAACAACAACCAUAAAAAAAAUCUUAAUUCUUAAUCAUUUUUUUGGCUCUGAUCUUGUUACCUGUAAUUGUUGUUUGUUCCAACUCCUAAUUUGCUGGACUCUAAUUUUCCUACAGUGCACAGUACAUAAGUAGUUUGGCACUUUUAAACAUGCUCUACCUAAAGUAACUCAGCCAAGGAGAAAAGGUCAAAAGAUAUAAAUACAUCAGGCUACCUUGAGCACUAAUUACAGAGUGACAAAGCUCCUUGUAUCAAUGGAGAAGAUCUGAUGUAAACACCACUGCUGAACUGCUUUGUACUUUUUCAAUAUACUGUAUGUUCAUUGUUUUACCUGUACCUGUGUUAUAUUCUGUAGGUAAACAUCAACACAAACCUCAGGGAAAGAACCAUGACCAAGUUUCACAUUCUCAUCAGAAGUGCAGUCCAAGUUCAAGGUACCGUCCCAUAUCAUAAAAUUUCUCUAACUUGUUCUAAUAAAUUGAAUGCUGCUAUAUUUAUUCUGUUGUUUUGUGCAACACUCGUUCCUCUUGUAGACGGAAAUCAAAGUACACUUCCAGUACCUCCAGAAAAGUAGCGUCUUUAGAGAGAGACUCCAAUUGCUCUGAUAACAGGCAGAGUGAGCAGCACACUGGAGAAAGUACAGCCCUGAGGCACAUCACAAAAACCAGCAGCUCAGAAUGGAACAGCUCUGAUGAUCUUGCUCUCUCUGAGCCCGAGGACAGAGAAAAUUCUUACCGCUCCAGCAACAGCGAGUCCAUUGCCUCUGAAUCCCAGUGUCCUCACAUGACUCUACCAUACCACCCUCCGAGCAAUGCGACUCCAGAGCCUCUUCCACUGAACACUCAGCGUCAGCCGGGCACAACAGGGUCACCUCAUCUCCGAUCAACUCAGCGUAUCCCUCCGCAUCAGGGUGAAACAAGCCAUGCAGUGUUUCGUCCGAGGAUGCUUCAAGAAAACUUCCCCUCAAGUCCUCGUCUCUCAUCUGCAUCGUUUGUCAGUCCUCACAGGAAGCCUGACAUGUCAGGCCUCAGAGCCCUUUCAGAUGCAAGCUCCAAGUCGGGCUCAGACCCGGAGAGGAGCACCCCGUCGUCAUGUGAAAGUGAGGAAAGACUAACCAGUUGCAGGGCUGAACAGGCGGUACCAGGUCAAGAGGUUUCUCUGACGACAUAUUUCAACGUGGAUAACUGUAUGACGGAAACAUACCGUCUCAAGUACCACAACCAGAGGCCUCUUGUCCUCUCUGCCACAGUGCCACGGACAGUGGUUGUGACUGAACGUAGAGAUACCAGCCACACACUCCCCACUGACACACACUCACAAGAUGUGCCAAAAGCAAGACCAGAAACAAGUAAGCUUCUCUCACAAACCUCAACUUCAUCUGAGACUUAGAUUCACUGUUCAUAACCUAGCAGUUUUCUCUUUCAUAUAUGGUUGGUUGUCUCGGUCAUUGAGGACAAUGACGAAAAUCAAUCAUAUGGACUAUGAUAAAUCUUACUCAUAUCAUACAUUUUUUUAUGACUGAAACAUCUAAAUUAACCGUCUUUGUCAGGUACAGUCCUGUGUGCUCAUUUUUGAUCCAUUUAAAUUCAUAAAUAAAUUUUCAAGAUUAUCCCCUAAUCUACCACACAAAUAAACAUCACCGUGUAAUACAGCAUCUAAAAUGUUAUAGGGUUUUAUUUUUUGCCCACUCCACUGGGACACUUUCUAAAAUAGAUUAUGUAAGAGGGCGAGUUAAGUUGUGUUCUUUGUUUUGUUUCAAUAGUAAACAGGGUGAACCGCAAAACUUGAGUUAAACUAGAUUUUCAUUUCUACUUUUUUUUUCUUUACAGGCCAUAAUAGCAAUAAACCCACUGCAAAAUGGAACCCAGUGACAGCCAAAGGACUGGAUGAACGUGGUUUUUUAUGAGUGUUAUUUGGUAAAGAUUGUUUACAUGGAUGAGCAGCGGUCAGUAGAGUACCAACUGGAUGCCAAAGAGUUUACAGAAUGGAAAUAUGUCCUGAAGCCAAACAUCUCCAAGUAGAGUGGAAUAUGUUCAUGCAAGCUUGUCACAUAAGUAAACACAUUUUCUAAAGGCUAUUGCAUUUUGUUUCAAGGAUUAUCAGCUGUCAUGUAAACCGUCUUCCAUUAUCCUGCAGUAUUGCUGAAAGCAGAUUUUGUUUAGACUGAAAUCACUGCUGUUUUCAGUUUGCACAAAGGAACUUUUGUUUUGUGUCAUCUUAUCUAAAAAUGUUUAUUUUUGUAUUUAUAAAGUACCUCUAAAUAAGUGUUUAAGGAAUGAAGGUAUCCUUUUCUAUUACCAGGGAGGAAGGCAUGGCAGUUUAUGGGAGCCACAUUUUGAUUAAGUGUGUUAUGUAGUUACUGCACGAAGAUGAAGAAAGUGUGAAAUAAAAUCAGAACAUAUUGACAUGAAAUUACAUGUUAAUGAUAUUUUAUAAGGAUAUGAUGUCAUUUUACACAAAAAAGGAAGCAGCAGGUUUAAGAUCGUUCAUUUAAUACUAACUAAGGACUAAUAUCAGGACAGCCAAAUCUAUUUAUGCAUGUUGAGGGAUUUAGUUGACCAGGAAAGAGACAUUGCAACAUUUGUGUAUGUUCAGUUACUGAUUUCUUUCAGCUGUUAUCAUUUAUCAGUUCUUUUACAACAUCUGUGUGUUAAUGAAUGACUGAGGGCUGCCCCAUUUCAGCCCACCUCAUUGGUUGUUAGAAUAUGGUGACAAAGAUCCUUCCUCUUUUUUAUCUUAAUUUCAUUUUCCUGGAUGAUGACAGGCAUAUUUGGUCCGAUUAAUAGAUAUAUAAAUCUUUGAGAAACAAUGGUUCUCAAAAUCUAAUUCUGCUGGUCUGUGUCCAGUUUCUUGUCAUUCACAGAUUCUUUAAUAACUAUGAUGUUGUGUGGUUGGGGCAGCACUCGGGUCAUUUAAAAAGUCACUACUGUGUACUGCACUACUAUAUCUCCUUCUGUACUCUACCUUCUAUUGUGCUGGUUCUUGUAACCCUUCUUUUUCUUUGUAACUCCCAGUGAUGUCAAAUUGUACCAGUCUUCUUUAUAAAACAGACAGUUUUAAAUAGGUCUCUCUUUGCAGGUAUUUUCAUAACAAUGCCAAUAUAACUAAUAUGCCUAUCUGAUACGACACAACAAUUACUCUUGGUCAUAAGAUUAAUGUUCUGAAACCUGCAUGUGGCCUUUACAAAGUCUUACUAGCUCCGUGUACAGCAUAAGCAUGAGCAUGAUGAUACUGGACAUAAAUUCUAUCAGAUAUAACUUAUUUGUACUAAAUUCAUUAAAUAGUGAUUUGUGACUAUAGUUUUGGAAACUUGAACCUUUUCUCUUCUCUUGCCCAUGCAAGGGCACAUACUUUUUAAUUAUGCAUCCAUCGAUUAUGCAUCCAGUGUGUGUAUGCGUGUGUGUGAUGCAAAUGAUUUGCUGGAAAAGCAACCAACUGUCCAAGACAUACUAUGCAUUAUUCCCUGAAAUUAACUUAAGAUUGCUUUACAGCAGAUUUUGGUACUUUUAAGGCUUUGUAUUAUGUAAAUCAAACAUUCCCAGACAUGAUAUAUAAAUCAGUGUUGUUACAUUUUCAAAUACUGAUAAAUACUGAUUUCUCUCAUGCUCACUCGAUUGCCAAGUCUUUCCUAAACACCCUGUUAAUUAUUUUCCACUUAGCACUUUGCUCUAUUCACAGUAACUUUUACCUGGGUAUUUCUUAACUAUUCUUACUGAACACAUUUAAUCACUAUCUGCUUUCUUUCUCUAUGUUGUGCUUGUGCUGUCUGACACCAAAAGACGGUGUAAAACUUGUGUGUGUUCCCACACUACAAUGAUCUAUCAAGCAUCUGCUUGCUUGUUUGUCAUGGUUUAUUUAUAGACACUGUUUGAAUUGAAGAAAAUGAAGACAUACAAUGAGACUGUCCUAUGAAAUCAUUAUUUUAGGAGUUAUUUCAAUUCCUUAUGUAACUUUAAGAUGCCUUUACACAUGUCGAUUGUGAUGUAGUAAUUUAAAAUCACUCAUUUUACUCUUACUGUAGGGUAUAAUAUAAAUUUAUAAAACCCCCAAAAAACAACAAAAAACUGCUAAACUAAUGGAUUAGAUCAGGAGCAGUCUGGGGUAGUUCAGUGUUGUCUUCCUUCAAUUUGUUUCUGUAGUGACAAAUUGUUUUAGGAUUUACUCACAGCAUCUGUCAUGUUAUUCUUUCUUUUCUUCACAUGUAAAACAAUGACUUUGUUAUUUUCUCUUGAGCUGUAUUGAAAAUUCUGAAUUUUGGUGUCUUUAGUUGUAUCAAGAGUGCCUUGACAUUUUCAGUGGGACUUGUUUUUGUUUGCAAAACCACGGUAUGGAAUGAGGGUGAUGAAUGAAAAGGGUUGCAGGAUGUCAUGAAAAACUUUUAAAUAUGCAAUGCUAAAAGUGACAUAUCUGACCAACAUUGUACUGUAUGCGUGCUUGUGUGUGUGCGUGUGAGAGAGAGAGCGAGAGUGUAGGUGGGUGUUUGUGUGUGUUGCCUGGAAAUGGAGCUCAGGGCUUUGGACUUGUGCCAGGUCCAGUUUUCCAGUGGUAUCCCUAAAUGCACUUUCAGACUUGGAAGCUAGGACCACAAUGAUAAGCAGCAAACUCAGUUUAUUCUGUAUGCAACAGUAACUGGCGAAAGUUGGCAUACUUAAGUGUCAGCAGCAGUCGAUGGGAAUAUCUAUGAUUAAAGUGGCAAUUGCACCCUGCAAAAAAAAGCUUCUCAGUGUGAAAGAGCCUUAAUUUAUAAUGACCGAAAUAUAUCUUUCAGUGCUAAGCUUAAUUAUCACUGAAUGUGCAUGCAUGCCUAUGUAUCUGUGAGUCUGGAAAAAACAUACUCAUGAUUAGUUUUCUUCUUUCAUUCAUGACCUGUCAUGGUACAUGAAUGGCUUGUUUGACUUAAGGUCUUCUGUCCUGUGUCACAUAAGUUGCUGUUGGCAUUGCAUCAAUCCAUACCUUUUAUUUUGAGCUAAUUAAACAGGGACAGAACCUAAUUACACUGUCUCACAUCAACACUCAAGAACAAAAGAGAUCUCUCUUCAUUUCUGUCAAUGAUUUUAUCCAAUACUGGCUGAUGUGGCUCCGAUGCGCAGGAAUUGUAUCAUGGUGUCAUACACCUCUGUGUGUGGUUAGGAUUCAGGCUGACAUUGCUGUCGAAUUGAGCUGUUGGUGCUUCAUUGAAUGCUUCAUGACUUGUGUAAGUACAGAUGAAUUUAAAGAAAAAUAUGAAAUCUGUCUACACUUUAUAUUUUUGUACAUUAUAUAUAUAUUUUAUUUUUAUUCAUUGUUGAAUAAAGUCUAAAUUAUUGUAUCACUCUUAAAAUA